CCUGGGGCUGGAGAGUGUGUUCCCGGAGAGUGCCCCCGGAGCUGGAGAGUGUUCCCGGAGCAGAUCCAGAGUGCCCCUGGGGCUGGAGCAGCAGCAUGUGUGUCCAGCGGUUGGUGCUGCUCCUGAGCGCCGUGGACCUGGCGGUAGUGACCGGGGCACUGUCCACCUGUACCACGUUGGACACCGAGCACAUCAAGAGGAAGCGGGUGGAAGCGAUCAGGGGCCAGAUCCUCAGUAAACUGAGACUGACCAGUCCCCCGGAGGAUCCGAGUCCGGCAGAGGUACCAGCCCAGGUUCUGGCAAUGUACAACAGCACCCGGGAGUUACUGCAGGAGCUGGCCAGAGACCGGCAGCAAGGCUGUGUCACACACAACACCGACUUCGAGUACUAUGCAAAGGAGCUCUACAAGUUUGAUAUGAUCCAGGGGCCUGCCGUGGACAGUAAGUUGGGUGUUUGUGGAUGUGGUUUCUGGUCACCACGUUACAGGAAAAAUGUGAAAGCUUUGGAAAGGGUUGGCACAACAUUGAGGGCCGAAGGGCCUAUACUGCGCUACCCAGACCCAGGAAAUCGGAGCAACCAAUGUUCACUGUUGGUGUUUCAGAUUCUGAAGCCUGAUGAUCACAUUGCCAAGCAGCGAUACAUUGCAGGGAAAGUGGUCCUUACAAAGGGUAUCAGCGAGUGGGUCUCGUUUGAUGUCACUGAGAGUGUGAAGGAAUGGCUAAUUAACAGAGACACGAAUCUCGGUUUGGAGAUUAGCGUUCACUGCCCAUGUCACACCUUCCAUGCCAAUGGUGUCAUCUCCAAUGAACACGAGGUCCUAGACGUCAAGUUCAAGGGGAUUGACGACUAUGAAUUCUCAGACAGCGGGGACUUGGGCAGACUGACCAAGCGGAAGGAACCGAAGUUUGUGCACAUGGGUCCGACAAACCCCCACCUGAUCCUCAUGGUGUUACCCCCACAUCGGCUGGACAGCAAACAGCAACAGAGCCAUCGCAAGAAACGGGCACUGGACACAGCUUAUUGCUUCAGGAACGAUGAAGAUAAUUGUUGUGUGCGACCUCUCUACAUCGACUUCAGACAGGACCUCAGAUGGAAAUGGAUACAUGAGCCCAAAGGAUACUACGCCAAUUUCUGCGCAGGUCCCUGCCCGUACCUCCGCAGCACUGAUACCCAGCACAGCACGGUGCUGGGAUUGUACAACACAUUAAACCCAGAGGCUUCAGCUACACCAUGCUGUGCUCCUCAGGACCUCGAACCACUCACCAUUUUGUACUAUGUCGGCCGAACACCCAAAGUGGAACAGCUGUCCAACAUGAUUGUCAAGUCGUGUAAAUGUAGCUGAGAUCCCUCGUGUUGAGUGUCGCUACAGUUGGGUAAUGAGGUUUGCAUGUUUAGCUGUGCAAGGGCUGUGUCUGAGAGAGCUGUGUGUGUGUGUGUGUGAGAGAGAGAGAGCUGUGUGUGUCUGAUAGAGCUGUGCAUGUGUGUC